CCCCAUGCACACCACACUACACACACCACACACCCCAUGCACACCACACACACGCACACCACACCACACACCCCACACACACACACGCACACCACACACCCCACACGCACGCACACCACACACAGUGCUCCCUUGGUAAGGGGCUCAUCUGGCCGUCCACGAUUCUCCAUAACCGAAGAACAGUUGCGUUUUCUGCUAGAAUAUAAUUUUUCUACAAAACAAAUGGCAGAAAUUUUGUGUGUGUCCAGGCGAACUGUGAAACGUCGUUUAAGGGAAUUCUGUAUUUCACUUAGAGACAGAUACACUGAUCUGUCCGACUCUGACCUUGAUAACAGAGUCAGAGAAGUAGUUGGAGGAAAUGAUGAACUUGGAGCAGAGUCAGUCUGGGCACGUCUGGCUGGUCAGGGUGUUGUGGUGCAGCGGCACAGAAUCCGACAAAGUUUAAUUAGGACUAAUCCAGUGGGAGCAGCCCAGAGAGUCACUACACGUAGACUGCACAGAAGAGUCUAUAAGGUUGCCGGGCCAAAUUCAUUAUGGCAUUUGGAUGGUAAUCAUAAAUUAAUCAGGUGGAGGAUUGUCAUACAUGGUGGGAUUGACGGGUACAGCAGGCUUGUUGUAUUCUUAAAGGCUUCUUCCAACAAUCGCAGUGACACAGUUUUCCAUAGUUUUGUAGAAGCCAUUGGCCAAUAUGGUUUACCUUCAAGAGUCCGCUGUGAUAAUGGAGGGAGAAUAAUGCAGUCUGCCUAUUUAUGA